UUGUUCCAAGCUUGCAAGUUUCACAAUUUUCCUGUAAAUUACAGUUUCUCAAGUUCUGAAAUGGGUAUUCGCUUGCCUUCCGUGAUCUCCAGCGCCAUGCAAAAUCUGAAGAAGCAGUCAUUCCAAGGUAGAAAGGAGUAUGGUGUGCCUAAAGGCCAUGUAGCAGUUUAUGUUGGAGAAUUCCAGUGGAAGAGAUUUAUUGUUCCAAUAUCCUAUUUGAACCAUCCGUGCUUCAAGGACUUGCUUAACCGAGCUGAACAAGAAUUUGGGUUCAAUCAUCCAAUGGGUGCUAUUACUAUUCCUUGCAAAGAAGAUGACUUUAUUGAUCUCACUUCUAGGUUUCUUGCCUUGUGAAGCUUCAUGAAACAAAAGAAGGUUCACCAAGCGCAAUUCUGCCAUUUUUUGACAAGACAUUCAUCUUUUUUUUUUCAACCCAUCUCAAUUUUUCCCUCCUAGGACGCACAUAGGAGGAUUGUGAAGUAUACAUGUGUAUAUUUUCCCACGUACAAGUGGAUGAAUCAAUUUUCUUUUGUUUCCUUUCAACGAA